UUUGUGAUUAGUGAUUUACCAGAGCUGAGAGCACCCAAUUCCGGGAAAUUUAAGUAAACAAAUCUUAUGUCACCUUAACACCUGCACUAAUUGUAUUAUUAAUACGGAGACUAAUAAAAAUAGGAUGAAUACCACUAGUACAGUAUAGUAUAACAUCCAAUGUAUCUAAGUUUGACUUACUAAUUCAAGAUAACCUUAACCUGGAACUUUGAGAUCCACAGAAAACUGAUUUUUGAUCCAAGGUCGAACCUUGUGUGUAAAUAGGUGUAAUAAUGCAGCAUAUUAUUCAAGCUAGUCCAUUAAUGGACAAAAUAAAACAAUUUCAACAGACAUUAUCAUUCAGAAUACAACUUACCACUUCACAAAAGGUGAUUUUGUGGAGCAUUGGGGUAGUUGGUACAAGUGCAGUUGUGGUAGGGGUAUUAUCCAGAUAUUUAGCACGGAAAAGGGCCAAGCCAAUUUUCAAUCCCAGAAUCCAAAGGGCUAUUAACAAAAGGUUAUCAAGGAUGCGAAGUCCUAAUGGAGGUAUGGGAUCAGUUGCUAGCAGUGGUGGUAGAAGUAGCCCAUUGGGCUUUAGUGAACGGCUGUCCAUGGCUUCAGGUUCAAUUGGUUCUGGAGGGGGCGAUGCUGCCCCAUUAUCUCCUCAGCAGCUUGGUGUUAUGGGUAUGGAAGCCCUAGAAACAAGUAUUAACUAUUGGGAAGAUGCGCUGGCAGCGUUUUCAGUAAACGCGCGUGGUGGAGGUGCCGGCACUUUGGCCCUCACUUCGCCAGAAGAAGCUGAAUUUUGUAGGGAGAUACAAGAUUUGCUGCAAAACGCAUAUUUACUGCAGGAGCGUUGCGAACUUCUAUUCCUGGACCAGCGGUCUGUGUUAUUCCGUUCCGAGAGUGGAGGCGGAGAAGGUUCAGGCCGUGCUAGGUUACUAUCUCACACCCAUACAGUCUCAGAUCAUACUAGAAAAGAACAUCACUCUAGCGCCGAGUCGUUUGCGUCAGCAGAGGAUCAGGUGGCCGACCUCAGAGACUUCGACGAUUUAGCGGACUCACUGCCAGAAAUCGAAAACUUAGAACUUUAUCAAAUGGCUCUGAAACAGCUAGAAACAGGCAUUCCAUACAGGACGCUCCGAACAGAGGUUCUCCAAUGUAAUUCGGAUUCAGAGUUCCUUUGCAAAUUGCAUUGCCUUCGUGUGGCCUUCCGCGCUGUGUUUCGUGAGGCAGCAUCUUGGGCGUGGUUUGUCGAUGCUGGGAGACAAGUGCUGACGGAUCUACUGCUUUUUGCUGAUAAGGAACCAAAAGAGUUCUUAGUUGCAUACGAAGAGAUGGUGACGUUGACCACGGAUGCUGCUAAUUGGCCAAUCAUCGAGAGUGAACUUACCAGUAAAGGUGUUAAAGUGUUAACAUUCUACGACGUGGUGUUGGAUUUCAUUCUCCUCGAUGCGUUUGAAGACCUGGCUUCGCCGCCAGCAUCUGUCCUUGCUGUUGUUCGAAAUCGGUGGCUUUCAGAUGGUUUCAAAGAAACGGCACUCACAACAGCUGUAUGGUCCGUAAUAAAGGCUAAGCGCCGAUACUUACAAUACCCCGACGGUUUCAUGGCCCACUUUUACUCCAUAUCGGAACAUCUUUUACCGGUUUUAGUUUGGGGUUUUCUCGGCCCUAGGGAGCGGUUGAGGGACGUUUGCGAAUCAUUUCAGUCAGAGAUAGUAGGGUUUAUUUCAGAUCUAUUCAGUUUCCAAAAGUCUAGAUACACUAAUGUCGAAGACCUAGCGGCAGACAUAAUGCAACACGCUAGAACUAGGGCCGCUAAUAUAACAGAUAAGUUGUCAGAGAGGAUUUAAGAGUCGCAGAAAUAAUUAUCAAAAUAGCGUCAAUAGUUAUUUUAUCUAAGACUAAUAAAAUGCAUUUCAUUGAUGCUUAUGUAUUUGGACUUUCGUAUGUGAAGGUCUUUUAAAAACUUCGGCGCAGGCGCCUAUAUCAUGACUUUAUUCCUGAACGUAACUAUGAUUCAAAUCUUUUAAAUGUCCUUAUCGCUCUCGUCACAUUUGCCAAACUGGUAACGAAGUAUUCACUAUUUUAGAAUUACAAUAAUUAUUUCAUUAAUAUUUAACAUAUUACAAGGCGUUAUACGUCCAAAGCUUAAGCAUCAUUUUAAUAUGCACCUUACUAUAAAACAUCUUAGCUCUUAAAUUGGAUUGACUUGUGUAUAUAACAGCGCAUUUUUUUUUGGAGUUGGCCUGGUAUCUAGACCUUUCGGCCAAGUCUUGAGUAGUUAUUACAGCGCAUUUUAAACCUAUGUGUCGCAGCCAACUAGCUUAAUUAGCCGUUCAAUUAACAGCCUAGCCUUUAACAUAACGGCGCUGUUUGACUAGCGGCCUGAAAGAUAUUCAGCCGUAGUAUUUGUUACAGCAUUUAGUAAUGGGCGGGCUAAUGCUUAGGCCAUUCGUACGAUAGUCAUUAUUUGGCAUAAAUAAAAAAGAUAAAGUUAUGCCAUAAAAAAUAUUAAAGUCAAAUUCAUAUUGUAUAUCGUGAAACUUUGGAAAAACCAUCAAGGUAGUGAUUUGCCGACGUAUAUAUUGACAUUUUGAAGAGUUUUAUUUCGAGUUUCAGAGUGGAGUGGAAUUAAAUUGAAAUCAACAGGCUGAACAUAAUUUAGGCCGCUAUUUUUAAUGGCUAGACUGUUCAUUAAACGGCUAAUUAAGCUAGUUAGCUGCGACACAAGCUUGACGAUUAUUAAAUCGUUUUAAUUUCGUGUAUAAAAUUAUUUUAGUCACCCUUAUUACAGUUUUAAAUUUACGAAUAGCAUUUGUGCUCAAUUGUAUCCAAGAAAAUAUAUGCAUUUAAUAUUAUUAUAAUAUUAAGUAAUUAAAUGAUAUUGUUGGAAAACUAAUGUAAAUCAUGGUAGCCUCGUUAAAUAUGUCACAAUUUAAUUUUUCGGUCUUAUUUGGAAACAUAUUAUUUUGUAUGAAUCGUCCAUUCUUAAAUGAUGCACGAUUCAUACAAAAAUGAUACAUUCUCACAUAGGCAGGAUUCGUAUGGAGUGUGAUAUAUUCUCACAUAGCAUUUAUAUUAAAACUCUGUUGUAAACCUCGACUUUACAUUUUUAUGCUUUGAACAUGUAUUUUUGUGAAUAAGACCAUUGUGCCAUAGUUAACUAGAAAACAUUUUUUUAAGUUGUACAGCAUUUAAUUUGUAUAUAGGCAUUUUAUUUAUCGCUUAUUUAAGGUCAGGUUUUGUAAAUUAUUUUUAAUUAUGACAUUAUCCAAUAAACAUUAAUUUUAGG